CCGACUAGCAACGGCGGCUGAAGGAAACGGAGGGAGAGCGAGAAGCAACAAGCUGCGGACCUGGGAAGCGGAGCGAAGGGAGGGCGCGCUUCGGUUUCUCAGAUACUAGUGAAAGAUGGUGGAUCGCUUGGCAAACAGUGAAGCAAAUACUAGGCGAAUAAGCAUCGUGGAAAACUGUUUUGGAGCCGCUGGUCAGCCUCUGACUAUUCCAGGCCGUGUCCUGAUUGGUGAAGGAGUACUAACGAAGCUGUGUCGGAAGAAACCAAAAGCGAGGCAGUUCUUCUUAUUCAAUGAUAUCCUUGUGUAUGGUAACAUUGUCAUCCAGAAGAAGAAAUAUAACAAACAGCACAUCAUUCCACUGGAAAACGUGACUAUUGAGUCCAUCCAGGAUGAGGGGGAUCUACGGAAUGGGUGGCUUAUCAAGACCCCGACUAAAUCUUUUGCAGUGUAUGCUGCUACUGCCACAGAGAAAUCUGAAUGGAUGAACCACAUAAAUAAAUGUGUUUCUGAUUUGCUUUCCAAAAGCGGGAAGACUCCCAGUAAUGAACACGCGGCUGUUUGGGUACCUGAUUCUGAAGCCACUGUAUGCAUGCGCUGCCAGAAAGCAAAAUUCACCCCCGUCAAUCGUCGACACCACUGCCGGAAAUGUGGAUUUGUUGUAUGUGGGCCCUGCUCUGAAAAGAGGUUUCUUAUUCCCAGUCAGUCCUCCAAGCCUGUGCGAAUCUGCGACUUCUGCUAUGACCUCCUUUCCACAGGAGAGAUGCCUACAUGUCAGCCUACGAGAUCGGACUCUUACAGUCACCCACCAAAGCUUCCUUUAAAUGAUAUGUCAGAUGAUGACGACGACGAUGACAGCAGUGACUAAGUAAUGAAAGCGAAUGUCUUAAUAUUACAAUUGGUAUUUGAACCUGAGUUGCUGGAUGAGGAAACCUCUAGUUGCAGACUCUUCCGAGAGGCCUGACCUAGCCAUAAAAUCUGCCUGAAAAACCUUCAGCUCAACUGUGCCUCAGUAUCUGAAUCUCUUAGAUAUAUCAUUGCUCUCUUUUCUGCAGGGAUAGACUGUUGCAAAUAUAUCCUUUUUUCCAGCUUUGUAUACUUGAUUUCCUAUUUAGGGGUGAGCUGAUGAUCAUCCUUUCCUUCCCCUUCUUUCCCAGCGGAAGAAUAGAGAAUGAACAGUUUUUGUUCUUUUCUUUUGCUACCAAGAAGCAUCCCACAGUGUGUUUGGCAGUGAUAUCCUACCACUUCUUUUUAAUAUUGGGGAGGGGGCAAUUAAACCAGCAUAAUGAAACUGGUAUUUUUGGUUAGCGGAUUGAAUAGAACAUCUAACCAGGCUUUGAAAUUGAUGCUGUGCUAUGACCCCUUUUAACAUAGAUGCAUUCUGUAACAUUAUUAACUUCUAAAACUUUAUGCAAGAAGUCAUAUACCAAGCAGUGCCUUUUAAUGACUGCACUGUUGCAGGAAGAAACUAAUCCAAUGUAUCCUCUGUUGUGCAACAAACUAAGAAAUAGUUGGUGCUAUUGACAAUAAUUGCUGUUGUGUAACUUGGAUCUGAGUAGUGAGGACUGUAUGUUAGGGCAAUUUGAGUUGUCCCCCAGCCCCAGCCCCCAGUACUUCUAACAGGAUGCAUGAGGGUAGAUUAAACAUUAUUGUGGAGUCUGAUGAAUACAGCUUGAGCUCCCACACCAUGUAUACAACUACUCAACUUGGGGACCGCUAAUAAAUUAGAUAUUCUUCAAAUGGAUUUAAUAUCUUGCUAUUUUCAAAAUUGUGUGAGAUUUUUAAAUGUUUAUAGCUAUCAGGUAUUUAUAAUUGAGAACUGUAUUUUGUCUCAGAUCAUGAUAUUUGCUGUAAUGUUAUUGAUUUGAUAUUUAUAAAAUUAAUUCUUUAGAACUUACGCUAACCAUUUUAAACUUUAGCAAUGGGUUUUUUUAAAAAAUAAUUAGAAUGUCUUUUAAAAGCACAACAUCAUGGGAAAACAUCCCAAUCAGCCACCCGAAGAGAACUUGCAAAAAAUAUCCAUCCUUUGUACACAGCUGACCUCGAGAUAGAAAAGAAAUGCAGAUGACUUCAUUUUAAAUAUAUAAAUCCAGGAAGCAGGGCAAUUAGGGCAAAAAGUGUUUCCAAUAGAGUAUUUUCUUUUUACCUUUAACAAUACUAUUUUCUAUGAUGGUGUUGUUUUUAGAGAAGUGUCAGAUUUAGCUCUGUGAAGUUUUGUAAAACCCCAAUACAUAUCUCUAUUUUUAUAUAACGGUAGCGUGUUUAAUCAGUUUAUGUAAAAGUCCCCUGAUGGAAUUGUGUUGGGAAUUCAGUAGCAUCCGAGAGUUUAUAAAAAGUGUUGAAUAUUGUUUGUACAAAAAAAAAAAAAAGUUAUAGUAUCUAGAAUUUCAUUUAUUAAGUGACAGUUUCUGCACUGUUUGCCUCAUCUGGCACUAACUGGGCUAUAUUUAUUGAAUAAACAAUCAAUUCUGCAUCUUGUUCUAGUCUCCUAGUCUGUAAUCUGGCCACUGUAGCACAGAAGUCAGUGUUGGAAAAAUGAGAUGGGGAGUGCACUCCAUCAGGGCAGGAUGGUGAACUUGUGACCACCCAGUGUUCUACUCCAGCUCCCAUCUGUGAUUAUUGGCCCUGCAGUUAGGGGUUGAUGAAAGUACAGUAGGUUCCCCAUCCCAGCAUUAGCUGAUGUGGAGCAGCUACCAUUCACUUGGGGGUUGCAUGGGGGAAUUUGUUGGAGAAUGUGCAGCAGCAGUGCCUUCCUCGUUGGUUAUGCCAAUUUAAAGCUAUGGUUUCCAUCUUAUAUACAGAUAACUGAAUAGUGCUAACAGGGAAGGAAGGAGCCAUGGCGUUAAUUCAGGUGGCAGCCCAGAAUAAGGCACAUAAUUACUGAGAACUUCUCUUAAGAAAUGCUCCCCAAACGUAGCUAAUUGCUCCUCGAAUUCCCAAGUUGUAAAGCAGUUCGGGGGAUUUGGGAAGAAGGCACUUGAAGGUUAAAAUGUUUUCAUUUUGUAAACCAUAGUUUAGUGUUACAAGUUUCAAUGAGCAUUGGCCUCUGCAUUCCCUCCUCCCUUUUCCUGCUUUGCCAGUUUCAGGCCAACCACAGUUUAGCACAAAAUGUGGUUAAACUUAACGAUGGUGUGUUAGAGCAACCCAGCUUCAAGCCAUGAUCACUAUGGUCUGAAGAUGGCUUGUUUUUUAAAUAAUAAUAAUAAUAAUAAUGAUUACCCAUGGUUGUUCUGGGUUGGGACAACACAACAAAAUAUUAUUAAAAUAGAAAUGACAGUUUCUGAACUUCUCAGCAGUGCUGGAAGGUGGCUGGGAGAGCACACAAGCCCCAUGUUUGUUGAGGCUCAUGCUUGUAAUGCUAAAACAUGGUUUAGCAGUGUGUCCAAACGAGGCGUUUGACUUGCUGUUAAAGCUAUAGAUCAUUAAAACACUAAAAAUCAGAUGAGCAAUAACGUGCAGUUGAUGUCAGGAAAUGGAUGGCCCUGAAACGCUGAGACGUGAUCUCAAGGAAGGAAUCCUAUGUGCAUUUACUUGAGAGAAAGUCAUACUGAAAUCAGACUUUCUUCUAAGCAGACCUCUGUAGGAGCUUGCUGUAAAUGGAAUUCGUCUGUUUUUUCCACUGAAAGCAUAAUUUGAAGAUUGUUUCUUUUUCAUGGCACAGAUAGGAACUAUAAGGUACAUCUUGAUAUAGUUCAUCUUCAUUCUUAUCCUACGUUGUGCAAAAGAUUUUGCAUAGUCCAUAUUGAAUGUCAUACAUGUAUUUACCCAAUUAUUUUUGAAUGUUGCACAAACGCUUCAGCACUUUCUACCCACAAGAAAAUUUAUCCUCCCAUUUGGCAAUGUGUUCUGCCUACCUACCUUAACCCCAUCAUUAUCUGUGAAUGAAAUUCACAUUAUGCUGCAAUUGAUCCCUGAAGCUGUUACCAAAUUCACAUUGUAGGAGAAAAUAAUUGUAGGACUAGGAGUGUGAAAAUAGGUUGCCACUUUGUGGUUCCGUUCAGGAUGUUUAUUGUGUAAAAUAAACUUUUGUCUUGUGUGUUAGUCGAACUUUAAAAGGGCUUAAUAAAUGGUUUUGUAACUUU